UUAGGAAAUUCGUCGAUGGAAAGAAUUCUUGAUAAAAUUGAAGAAAAUGCGGACCACUACAUAAAUCUUGAAAAAGAUCUGGAAGAGUUGAAAAGCGAAUAUCGGAUUCUAAAAAGGAGAAAAAUUGAUAUUAAUUCAAGAAUAAAAGCAGAGGUUCGCCACGGGCAAAAGGUGAAAAAAGAAGUGAGGGGAUGGCUUAAAGAUGUUAAAAAGAUCAAAAAAGACGUGAAAGAUGUUAAAAAAAGGGUGCACAACGGGGUUCCAUUCUACAAACGUGCCAGUUUUGAUAAACUCGUGCGUGAACAAAUUGAAGUGGUGAAGAAAAUUUAUGAGAGGGGCAUUUUCAGUGAAGGCCUUGUGAUUGGGGGAGCUCCAGCUCGUGAAGUCAUAAUUCCAACAGAGAAUUUAGUGGGGGAAAUUUCUACUAAAGAAGAAAUUUGGGGCUACUUGAUGGGUGACGAGUUCGGAAUGAUUGGAGUAUGUGGGAUUGGUGGAGUUGGAAAGACUACGAUCAUGGAGCAUGUUUACAAUGAUUUGAGGAAGGAGACCAAGUUUCAAAAGUUUCUCUGGGUUACUGUAUCACAUCCUCUCAGUGUUUUUCAAUUACAAAAGAAGAUUGCUAGUGAAAUGGGGGAAACACUUUCGGAAGAUAAGGAAGAGAAGAUGAGAGCGGCAGAACUAAUGGAUAUAAUGGGAAGAAGGAAAUUUGUGCUGAUAUUAGAUGAUGUAUGGGACAAGUUCUCUCUUAAGGCUGUUGGAAUUCCAGAUCCAAAGGUGCAGAAUGGGUGCAAAGUGGUUGUCACUAGUAGAUCAAUUGAAGUAUGCAGUUAUUUGCAUUGUAUGAUUGUUAAAGUGAAACCUCUUUCACAAGAGGAGUCUCUAAAGUUAUUCCUUGAUACAGUUGGGAAUGGUGUUUUACAAGUUCCAAGGUUGGAAGAAAUCUUGAAGCUUAUUGUGGAAGAGUGUGCCGGCUUACCACUGGCCAUUGUUGUGAUAGCUGGGAGCAUGAGGGGAGUUGAUGAUGUUAAUGUGUGGAGAGAUGCACUGACUGAAUUACAAGAGCGUGUAAUGGGUGUGAAAGAUUCAAAUGAUGAGAUAUUUAAGCGGUUAAGAUUUAGUUUUGAUCGGUUGGAUAGUUUGCAAGUCAAGAAUUGUUUUCUUCAUUGCUCCUUCUUUCGGGAGGAUUAUGUGUCUUCUAGAAGGGAGUUGAUAGAAUGUUGGAUUGAUGAAGGACUAAUUAAUGGGUUGCCAAGUAGAGAAGCAGCUUAUAAUAGGGGCCAUGCUAUUAUAGAUAGGCUUCAAAAGAAUUUCUUAUUAGAGAAAGCUCCAUCUUUCCCAACCUUCUUUAGAAAUUUUUACUUUGAGAGGGAUGAUGCAAAGAUGCAUGAUGUAGUAAGAGACAUGGCUAUCAUAAACAUUGGUCCUGAAUUUGGAUAUAUGAUAAAAGCUGGUAUGAAUUUGGUAGAGCUAUCAGAUGAGCAUGGUUGGGUAGAAGAUCCUAAGAAGUUGUCUCUUAUGGAAAAUAACAUUUUAAAAUUUCCUCUUAGUCUGUCCCCAAAGUGUUCGACCCUUUCAACUUUGAUAUUAUCAAGCAAUCCUAAUUUGUCAGAGAUUCCAGAAUCCUUUUUUGGAGAGAUGCUUGCUUUGAAGGUUCUUGAUCUCUCUAGCACUGCUAUUGAGACUCUACCUAAUUCCAUCUCUAAAUUGGAGAAUCUAUCUGCCUUGCGGUUACAGCAUUGCAUGAAGUUAAAGUACUUGCCUUCCUUGGCAAACCUCAGGGGAUUGAAGAAGUUGGACUUGCACGGGGCAGGGAUUGAGGUGGUCCCUCAAGGAAUGGGAAUGCUGAUAAGUCUUGAAUAUCUUGAUUUGUUAUUUUGUCCAAAUCUGAAAGAGAUUCCAACAGGAAUAUUACCUAAUCUUCCCGGACUGCAGUACUUGGGAGUAUGUUGUUUGCGAGAAACUACAAUAAUGGGAAAUUUUGAAGAGGUUGCUAGAUUGAAGAAGUUGGAGACUUUAGAAUGUCAAUUUGAUGGCAUACAUGAUUUCAGUUAUUUUGUCAACAAGUUCAAAGAUUUCCUAAGUACUACUGCUUACAGUCUUGUAGUUGGGAGUGCAAAAGACAUGAUUAGACAGGGAAAAUAUGAGCUUCUAAUUACUGAUUGCAAGAUCGGGGAAGAAUGUAUGGUGCUUCCAAAUAACCUUGAAGAUUUGCGGAUAGUUGGGAGUAAAGACAUGAGAGGUAGCUUAAACAAAAUAGUUCUGUUCGAAAAAGCAAAUGAGUUGAGAUGGUGCAGCAUUUGGGAAAGUGAAGAGAUAGAGUGCGUGGUUGAGUUGGACUCAUCCUCCUCCUCCUCACCAUGUUGUCCGAUACUCAAUAAGCUUGAAGUGUUGAAUGUUUUAGAAUUGCCCAAGUUGCGUGUACUUGUGAGAGUAGGAGGAGUAGCAACACCACCACCCGUCUUUUCCAAUCUUAAAGUGCUUUUUAUAAAUCUGUGUAGAAAAAUGAGGAAGUUGCUUCCACUUGAGCUACUGCAAGCCCUUCAAAACUUAGAGGAGAUAGGAGUUUGGAAUUGCACAGAAAUGGAGGAGAUAAUAGCAUCAUCAGAUUCAGGUGCAUCAUCUGAUAAAUUCACUUUCACUUUUCCUAAGUUAAGGAUGUUGAAGUUGGGUAACUUACCCAAAUUGAAGAGCAUCUGCAGUGCCAAAGGAGUGAUGAUUUAUGAUUCUAUUGAAGAAAUUAAAAUAAACACAUGUCCGGAGUUAAAGAAGAACCCUUUUCAACUUCCCCUGCUUGAUAAUGGCCAACCAUCUCCUCCUCCUCGUCUCACAGCAAUCAAGAUUCAUAGAAUAUACUCAGAAGGAUGGUGGGAAUCAGUGGAGUGGGAUCAUCCCAACGCAAAGAACCUUCUUCAACCUUACUUGAAAUAUUAUGGUUGAUUGAGGUGUGAAGUGAAGAGCUGCAAACAGCAAUUGGACUUGUUGACAAAUCGUAACUUUCCAGAGAUUAAAGUCACGUGCCACCUGAAUAACACGUGCCCAAUCAAAGCUCUUCCUCAACUCCUUCCUUACUCCCACAACGAAAUCAGUUGGGUAUUCUAGAAGAGAAAGAGAUGGAUGUUUCUGAGAUGGAAACCCUAAGUGGGUAUAUUCUGGAAGACAAAGAUAUCCAGCCUUCGCUUCAUUACAAACUCCAAUUCAUUACAAACUCCAACCAAAAUUUUUAUUUUAAGUAAUUUGAUUUGUGUUGUAAGCUGAUAAGCAUAUUAUGUUAUGUGAUUUCGACUCUGUUUGUUUUGUGCUUGUUUGAUUAAUAUAAUGUAAUACAUUUUGGUGUCAUGAAUUGUUGCAACUUGCAAAGAGGGGAAUUCACAGGUCAGAUUUCCCCCAGAGAAAUGGCAUAUGGUCUCAUUGUGAACAAUUUUCUUCUGUUCAGUUAUUACUUUUACUUCAUAUAGUGGAUUGGCCCGAUUCUAAACUUCUCCCCAAAAUCCAAAUUCU